CUCCUUCACAUCAGUUAAUAUUUUGUGGGGAGCAAAGAUAGGGGCUUUGCAGAACAUUUACUGGAUCCAGCAAUGUAUCUCUGUAAGGGUUUUGUGAAGUUUUGGGAUCCCGUAUAGGAACGGUAACUCCUAUUCAUUCAUUGAUCUGAUCGGAACGUGUGCGUGUGUGACGUAAGAACGACAACUCUCGGAUAUCAUGAUCUGUCCUCGAACAGUAUUUAUCACAGGAGCAAACAGAGGGCUGGGACUUGAAUUUGUAAAACAGUUCCUAAGCUUAGAGAACCCUCCAGAUCAUCUGUUUGCAUCGUGUCGUGAUCCCGAAAAUUCCGUGGAAUUGGGAAAACUGAAAGAUCACAAAGUUGUUAAAGUAUUAAAACUAGAUGUAACCAGUCAGAUCGAUAUCAGUUCUGCAGCGAAGGAGGUUGAAUCUCGUCUGGGAGGCAAAGGACUCAAUUUGUUGAUAAACAAUGCUGGCAUGUGUAGAAAACGCCAAUACAUGGGUAACCUUAACAGAGAAGAUCUGCUAGAACAAUUCGACACCAAUGCUAUUGGUCCGCUAUUAGUGACCCAGGCUUUACUGCCCCAGCUUGUUAAGGCGGCGGAAUCUCGGGACGACCCAAUGAGCUGUAACAAGGCCGCCAUUGUCAACGUUUCCAGUAUCCUGGGAUCCAUAGCUGAGAAUGGAACUGGAGGGAUGUACGGGUACCGCCCAUCCAAGGCAGCGAUGAACAUGAUAACCAAAAGUCUUCACGAGGAGCUAAAAGGGAAAGGUAUUCUGGUCUCGGCUUUACAUCCGGGUUGGGCAAGAACCGAUAUUGGCGGACCGAAAGCUGAACUAUCGGCGGAAGAAAGCAUUAAUGCUUGUAUGAAUGUUUUAUCCAAGUUGUCCAGCGAUAAUUCGGGGUUAUUUAUGUCAUACAAUGGACAGGUGAUUGAUUGGUGACCUAUCAACAUAACCAGAAGAAUGGCCAUUUAUUUGACUUAUUAUAGGGCGCAAGAUUGUAAAGUAUAUUUAAAUCAUUUGUAUCAUCUGAUAUGAUAGAAAAAAAAAUGAAGAUAUUUAACAGCAAUCCAGUGAUCAGAAGAAAUAUAAGAAAUUCACAGGAAUAGGAGCGAGGAUGAAGAAGUCAAAUAAAAAGAGAAAGUGAAUCCUGCAAAUCAUUUAUUCGUAUAUACUUUACAACGCAUGACUACUGUAAGUAUAAUGACAAAUGUUUCUCGUCAGGUUUCAUUCAAGCUUUGGUAGAAGCAUCAAUAUCAGUUUUAGACUUCUUGGAGCUCGUGGUCACGUCAUUUGCAUUUUGUUCCGGUUCGACCUCCUCCUUCCUCUUCAACCGUUUACACAGAAGGCAGAGGAAGAGAGAACACAGUCCUAUCAGUGCCACCGCUCCAGCCGCCGCUAUACCCGCGAUCUGCUCAACUAAAACACAACAUCAUCUAAAUCAUUCCUUAAACAAAUUCAAACAAGUUUAGUUUCAAGUUAAUGUGCGUUGAUGACAGGUGUCUGGCUGCACUUGUGGUUGCCUUAUUGAAUUCAGUACGCACAAUCUGUUAUGUGAUUACUCAUUUUGUGUUUCUUCAUUUCAAAUAAAAUCUCAUUUAAAA